CACUCAUCUAGGAAUAAAUAAACACGACACCCAUAGAAGAUCCCGGAUAUCUAUUGCGCGCCACUCUCAAGAUGUCGAAAUCGGAGCGCGUGUUAUUCCCGACGCCGGUUUCAGCGGUCAAGGGUGCGAUAUGUUUCACAUGCUACAAGGCAACGACGAAGCUGAACAGAUGUAGCGGUUGCAGACGCGUCUGCUACUGCUCAGCUGAGUGCCAGAAGAAGGACUGGAGAAGAGGUCAUAAGCAAUUGUGUCCGGUACUUCAGGGUAUCAAUGCCCUCGAUUCUCCGAAGCAAUCUCAAACAUGGGAGGAAUAUCGAGACGGAAUGUGGACGCGAGUUUCAGCAUUCAGAACCCAAAAGGCAAAAUUUACUGUCAAUGACGAACGCGUCCUUCAGUACCAACCAUACUGUAUUGGCUGCCACUUGAAUGCCUUCCAGCUUCCCACAGGCUCAACACUGAAGCUCUGCCCCAAAUGUCAAAUUGCAGCCCACUGCUCGUCAUGCGAUCUCUCUUUGCACGACUCUGUUUGUUCCGAUCUCAGAGAGGUGAUGACUGCAGAACGCUUCGCUGUGGCUCACUAUACCGAAACGGGCGAGCCUUCUCUUUCCAUGCCAACCGGCACACCUCGCACAACCUACCUCCCAAUAUCCACAGCUAGUUCCUGGUACGAUUACUACACCAAGAUAUCAGAUAAACAAAUGGUUGAAGGGCUGUUGUCUCAUGAUCUUAAACCACUGGCAGGAAAUGACGAAAUGGCAAGUGCAUUGCGAGCUGCGACGGAGAAAAUGAGCAUGAUGAUAUCCAUCAUCGCUGGUCUCGAAGCCGUGUAUCCGGAUCUUGGGACGAAAGAAAAAGUGGAUCUUCAUUUGAUUGGAGCCAACGCGAAGGAGCUCGAUGCUUUGAUGCUCUUCGAAGAAUUGCUUCAUCUUCUUCCGUGCCUCAAAGAGGUUAACUGCUCCUUCGUUGGCCUGGAGCUACCAAAUCCGAUGGAUGCAGGUGGGAGGAUAGUCCUUGACUGCUGUCCAGAAUGCACGAAACAGAAGAAAGUGAGAAGUAUAGAGAUGCAUAAAGGCGCAUAUCAUGACUUUGCCAAAUCGCCAGCAUACAAGAAGCCGGAUCUUGCUGUUGCGUUCCAGACAGGACAUUCACAGGAAUGUGUUGAUGAUUGGACGCCAACGAUCAGAUACUUGGUCCAUGCACCUCACUGCACUAUGUUCACGACAUUUAAUGAAAAGGAGAUGGUUGAGGAGAUUGAGAUACUGAAGAAACUUGACGCGAAAUUCCUGGUCGAUGGGGAGAAGAACAAAUGGCAGGGUAUGAGACCAUUACUGGAGGUCAUUGAAGAGACAGAGAACAGCGUGUACUACAACCACCAAUACUGGUAUGUUGUACAAGGUCUGCUGGUUUCAACCUAGAGGUUAAUGCUCGAUGCCUCUUUCUUCUUCAAUUACUUUCGGCGUUCGUAAUCAUAGAGGACAUCAAAAGUCAAAUUUGGGACUCGGAGAUCAUAAAACAGUGUCAUUAAUUCUCUUAGAUUACC